AUGGAUGAAGAUGAGAAAGACAGGGCAAAGAGGGCUUCACGUAACAAGUCUGAGAAGAAGAGGCGUGACCAGUUCAAUGUUCUCAUCAAAGAGCUCAGCUCCAUGCUUCCAGGCAACACUCGCAAAAUGGACAAAACUACUGUGCUGGAAAAAGUCAUUGGCUUUCUGCAGAAACACAAUGAAGUCUCAGCACAGACGGAGAUUUCUGAAAUUCAGCAGGACUGGAAGCCUUCGUUUCUCAGCAACGAAGAAUUCACCCAGCUGAUGUUGGAGGCAUUAGAUGGCUUCAUUAUAGCAGUAACCACAGGUGGAAGCAUCAUCUACGUGUCUGACAGCAUCACACCUCUUCUAGGGCAUUUACCGUGUGAUGUCUUGGAUCAGAAUUUGUUAAAUUUCCUCCCAGAACAAGAACAUUCAGAAAUUUAUAAGAUCUUAUCUUCUUGUAUGCUUAUGACAGAUUCUGCCUCAUCGGAUUACCUAAAAACUGACAAUGAACUAGAGUUUUAUUGUCAUCUUCUGAGAGGAAGUUUGAACCCAAAGGAAUUUCCAACAUAUGAAUACAUAAAAUUUGUAGGAAAUUUUCGGUCUUACAGCAAUGUGCCUAACUCCACUUGCAAUGGCUUUGAUGAGGCUGUCCCAAGGGCUUACAGAACAUCCCCGGGAAAGCAGGUCUGCUUCGUUGCGACUGUUCGUUUGGCAACGCCUCAGUUUUUAAAGGAGAUGUGCAUCGUGGAAGAACCUCUAGAGGAAUUCACAUCAAGACACAGCCUGGAGUGGAAAUUUUUAUUCCUAGAUCACAGAGCACCGCCGAUUAUCGGAUACUUGCCUUUUGAAGUGCUGGGUACUUCUGGCUACGACUAUUACCAUAUAGACGACCUAGAGCUGCUAGCAAGGUGCCACGAGCACUUGAUGCAAUUUGGCAAGGGGAAGUCGUGCUGCUAUCGGUUUCUGACCAAAGGACAGCAGUGGAUCUGGCUCCAAACCCAUUAUUAUAUCACCUACCACCAGUGGAACUCCAAGCCAGAGUUCAUUGUGUGCACACACAUGGUUGUAAGUUAUGCAGAUGUUCGGGUGGAGAGGAGACAGGAGAUGGGCUUGGAAGAAGUGUCCUCAGAGGUUGUGUCCUCAGCACUAAAGGACAGCGGCUCCAGCUUGGAUCCUGAACAGCACUUUAAUGCACUCGAUAUUGGUGCCUCAAUCCUCAGCACUAGUCGGACACCUUCAGUGUCGUCCAGGAGCUCACCAAAAUCUUCCCACACACCCAAGUCGGACCCAGCAUCUACACCAACAAAGCUGAUAGCAGAGUCUAACACUCCCUUGCCAAGAACACCAAGCGCGCAGCAGGAUUUAUCCGUGCACAGACUCAGUCAACCUACUGCUCUUCAGGUUUCUUUGUCUUCUCAGCCUCCAUGUGAGCUUCUCCCACAGCAGUUGCUGCCUCCAACAACUCUGCAAAAUCAGCCUGCACCUCUCGCACAGUUCUCAGCACAGUUCAGCAUGUUCCAAACCAUAAAGGACCAGCUGGAGCAGCGGACCCGGAUUCUGCAGGCCAACAUCCGGUGGCAGCAGGAGGAGCUCCAGAAGAUACAAGAGCAGCUCUGUCUGGUCCAGGACUCCAAUGUACAGAUGUUCCUACAGCAGCCAACAGUGUCCCUGAGCUUCAGCAAUUCCCAGCAGCCGGAGCCACAACCACUUCAGCAGAGAUCAGGGGCCAUUUCUCAGCAGCAGCAGCUUGUCCCCAGUCCUCAACUUCAAGGGCAAAUUGCAUCUUCGCAAACAGCAAACCAGCAAGCACUGAGAGAAGCAAGUGUGAUAUCAAGCCAGCUGGAUGCCACCGACACAGCAAAGCCUGCUCUCUGCUGUGGCAGCACAAAGCUGGAACACGUGGAGGUUGGUGUCAGACGCCCAGGUUGUGAGCCGAACAGAUUCCUGCAUGGGGAAAUGAGAGUUCAGGCUCACCGAGCUGUAACUGAGACCUGUGAAAGCCAGGAACUGCUGCUCAGCCAGCCUAUUCAGCCCAUGAUGCCUGGGUCCUGCAAUGCAAGACACCCUUCAGACCUCAGCAUGGCAGGAUCCCAGGCUAAAUACUCUCAAACCCAACAAAUGUUUCAAAGUUUGGAAGUGCAGACUUCCAGCAGCGGCUCUCCAAUCGUACUGAUGGGACAAGCAGUGUUAAACCAAGGGUUCGCCACUACACCUCCUUCCCAGCCAUCCUCUCUGGCACCUAUGCAACUCCAGCACCAACAGCAUCAGCAACAACGCUACCUGCAGGUGCAAACACCAAGUUCUUUGCACAAUGAGCAACCUGAUUCUUUGCUCCUGCCAUCUUACUCGCCACAGCAAGGAAAUAGGGGGUAUCAUCAGACACAGCAGCAGCAGCAGCAGCAGCAACUAACAUCAAGAAGAAGCAAUAGCUUAUCAGAAUCAUCCAAUUUACCACAGCCACUGCGAUAG